CUUCUCUUGUCAAAAUCUCAACUCAAACCUUCCUUAGAGCCCAAGAAAUCUCUUCCAAAGCCCUAAAACAAAAGCUUCAAGAGAAAAAAUGGCGACAAUGGGUCAGUUAUGGACUAACACAGGCUCUUCUCUAGCAACACUAAUGUUUAUAUACACAAUCUUCAAACAAUUCUUCCCUCACUUCGGAGGCCACUUGGAACCAUACCUUCAUAGACUCUUUGGUCGCUUUUACCCUUACAUCCAAAUAACUUUCCAUGAAUACAGCGGAGAGCAUUUCAAGCGAAGCGAGGCUUACUUGGGGAUCCAAAGCUAUUUAAGCAAAGACUCUUCUGCUCGAGCCAAGAAGCUUAAAGCCAACACAACCAAAGGAAGCAAGUCUCUUGUUCUAAGCAUGGAUGAUAAGGAAGAAAUCACCGACGAUUUCGAGGGCGUUAGGGUUUGGUGGCAGUCGAAGAAAGAGGGGACUACGAGGCAACCGUUCUCAUUUUACCCUGCAGCUGAUGAGAAGAGAUUUUACAUGUUGAGGUUCCAUAGACGUGACCGAGAAGUAAUCAUAGAGAGGUACCUUGAGCAUGUUAUGAGAGAAGGGAAGACAAUAGAGCUAAAGAACAGAGAGAGGAAGCUUUAUUCGAAUACUCCGGAACAGAGCCAUGGAAAUCAGACAAAGUGGAGUCAUGUAACGUUUGAGCAUCCCGCGACCUUCGAUACUCUAGCUAUGGAGGAGAAUAAGAAGGAAGAGCUCAAGAGUGAUCUGAUUAAGUUUAGUAAGAGUAAAGAUUAUUACAAGAAGAUCGGAAAAGCGUGGAAGAGAGGGUAUCUUUUGUUUGGACCACCCGGGACUGGGAAGUCUACCAUGAUCGCUGCGAUGGCGAAUUUCUUGGAGUAUGAUGUUUAUGAUCUUGAAUUGACAACAGUUAAGGAUAAUACACAUCUAAGGAGAUUAUUGAUUGAGACUUCAGCAAAGUCGAUUAUUGUGAUUGAAGAUAUCGAUUGUUCGCUUAAUCUCACGGGGCAGAGAAAGAAAAAGGAGGAGGAAGAGGAAGAUGGAGACGAUAAGAAAACGAUUGAGAAGAAGAUGAUGAAAAAUGAAGGUGAGAAUAAAGAGAGCAAAGUUACUUUAUCAGGGUUACUAAAUUUCAUUGAUGGGUUAUGGUCAGCUUGUGGUGGUGAGAGGAUCAUUGUGUUCACUACAAACUUUGUGGACAAGCUAGAUCCGGCUUUGAUUCGGAAAGGAAGAAUGGAUAAGCAUAUAGAGAUGUCAUAUUGUUGUUUCGAAGCGUUCAAGGUAUUGGCUAAGAACUAUUUGGAUGUGGAGGAGAGUGAGUUGUUUGAGGAGAUAAAGAGGUUACUUGAGGUUGAAGAAAUCAAGAUGACACCAGCGGAUGUUGGGGAGAAUCUGUUGCCGAAAUCCGAAAAGGAAGGAGCUGAGACUUGUUUGAAGAGAUUGAUCGAAGCGUUGAAGGAAGAGAAGGAGGAAGCGAAGAGGAAGGUCGAGGAAGAGGCGAAAGAGAAGAAGGAAGAGGAAGAAGAGAAGCAGAGGAAAAAGGAAAAGAAAGCAGAGAAAGAGAAGAAGAAAAUGAUUGAAGAAAAUGGUGAAGAAGAUCGUCAAGUUUGAAGGAAAUCUGUUGGAUUGUAUUAUUUAGUUGAAGACAAUUGUAGUCUUGUCCCAUCUUAUAAAUGUUUUGUGUUUCA